AUGGUCUCCCUGAUCGAAGCCAACGAGAAGAGAGAGACAGCAAGUGACAGCACCAACACCGUAGUCGCUCCGAAGCCUGAAGUUACAAAGCCGGCGGGACCUCCACCUCCUCCUAAUGGCGGACUCACAGCAUGGCUUCAGGUUGCUGGAGGCUUCGUGAUCUUCUUCAAUACCUGGGGGAUGAUCAACACAUUUGCUGUCUUCCAGACCUAUUACGAGUCGGGCGCACUCUUCACCGAGUCUUCCUCCAAUAUCUCCUGGAUCGGCUCAAUUCAGUGCUUCCUACUUCAGCUGACCGGCAUCGUUGCUGGACCUAUAUACGAUCGAGGCUACCUCCGCCUACUCCUUCUUACUGGAAGCUUUAUGAUCGUUUUUGGUUACAUGAUGCUCUCCCUAUGUCACGAGUACUGGGAGGCGAUGCUAGCACAGGCUAUCUGCGUUGGUAUUGGUAGUGGUCUACUUUUCACGCCCACUGUUUCGCUACUUCCAACAUGGUUCAGCUCGCACAUCGGCCUGGCCGUUGGCAUUGCAUCUUCUGGUUCAUCGCUAGGUGGCGUCAUAUACCCGAUCGUGCUCUAUCGACUCAUCGGGCCGAUCGGCUUUCCUUGGGCUGUACGAACCGUAGCCUUUAUCGCCCUCGGGAUCUUUGUUGUCCCAGUAAUUGUGAUGAAACAGCGCAUUAGACCACCCAAGCCUCGCGCCUUCAUCGACUGGACGGCAUUCACUGAUGUGCCCUACAUGGCGUUUGCAUUGGCCGUCAUGAUUGUGUUUAUCGGUAAUUCCGUGCUUAUCUUCUACGUCUCUUACUACCCGAUCAAUAAGGGCUUCACCGACAGCUCGCUGGGAUUCUACAUGGUUGCUAUCUUUAACGCUGCGUCGGUCUUCGGGCGUAUUGCACCCAACGCCGUAUCUGACCGCAUUGGUGUGUUCAAUACGUUUGUGCCGAUGGCGCUGAUAUUGAGCAUCGUGGUCUUCUGUAUGCUCGCUGUGACCAAUACGGCAGGAAUGGUUGUCGAGGCAAUCUUCUCAGGCUUUUUCAGCGGGGUUAUCGUUGCGUUGCCGCCUGUUUGCUUCGCCAUGCUUACGAAGAACAAGGCUGUGAUCGGUACACGUAUUGGACAGGGCUUUGCGAUUGGCGGCUUGGGUCUGUUGAUUGGAGGACCGAGUGCUGGUGCCAUUCUUGGAACAACCGGGUCCCUCAACUGGACUGGCCUCUGGGUCUACGGAGGUGUUACAGUUGCUGCCGCAGGAUUUACCCUGAUUGCCGUUCGCAUCAUGAAAGCAGGUCCCAAGUUGAUGGUCAAGGUUUAUCCAAUGCACCUCCGGCCCUACCAGACGCAAGACUUGCUCGCUCUCGUCACCAUCAAAGCAAACUGCGAUUUGUCGGAUCCGCUGGCACUGUUCUGUCGACGACUCAGUCCACGACUAGAUCAGCAGCAUCAAACAGAAGAGAAGUAUGAAAAGCAAUGGAGAGCAAAUGUUAAAUCUCUGCGCCGUUCGUUGGAGUUAGAGUUACUAUUUGCAGGGACUGUUUGCUGGGUUGUUGUUUUGGAUGACAACGACAAUGAUCGGACCCAGAAUCCAAACCAGCGUCUCAGUAGUUAUAGUGAUAAUGACACUGGGAAUGGUAGAAAGGAGAGAAUAGUUGGUUUCGCCAUGUGGAGUCGUCAUGGGUCUUCGUCCGAAGCACGGAAAUGGAAGGCUGAGGGGAAUAGAUUAUCAAGACGAAUAAAAGCACUCAUCGCCUACAUACACAUGACAAUAACAUAUCCGUUCGACAAAAGCAUCAAUCAUACACGAAUGGCAAAAUUCCAGCAGCGAAUUCGAUCUAGCAGUCCGCAAUCUCACCAACAUAAUACAAAGCCGCCAAAACCGGCAAAAGAAAGAUGGGAACUAGAAGCUCUCUACAUCCAUCCUCGCUAUCAGCGACGUGGGUACGGCUCUCUCGCACUACAAUGGGGUAUUGAGACGGCACGUAAGGAGAAUGUCGAGAUUUGGGUGUGGAGUACGCAGGCUGGGAAGCGGUUGUAUUUGAGCGGCGGAUUUGAGACUGUUGGCAGGAUUGGGUUUGAAGAUUUGGUUGAUAUGAGUCUUGACGAUCGACAGAGACCGCAGCAGCGCCAGCAGGAAGAGAGACAAGUAGAAGGGGCGGCGGUUUGGGCUAUGAUUUGGAAGGGUCCUUGA